CCUUAUCUGUAAUGUUUAUUAGUUCAUCACGCAUUUUAACGAGUACAUUAUUUACAAUUGAACAAAAUCUUAAAAUAGAAUAUUGUGGAAUGUGUCGUGUGGAUGUAAAUUGUUGUGUUGUUUUCUGUUGAGUAACAGUAGUUAUUAGUUGACACAGAAUAUAAUUGUAAUUCGUUAUACAUUUAUAUUCAUAAUCAUAGUAACGUAUUGUUCGUUAUUGAACUCGGUGAACCAAGCAUUUCGAAGUAUUUAAAAUUAAGUUCGGUCAAACUUAUCCUGAUAUUUCAUGAAAAUUGAAGAAUAAUACAACAUCUGACGAUCAACAAAAAUGCCUAAAACAAAGAAAGUUUCCAUGAAUGAUAAAAAACAAUGCACAUCAAAAAAAACUGUGUCUAAAAGACAGAGAAGAUCUGUUUUUAAAUUUGAUAUACAAAAAAUUCUGAAAGAGAGACGCUCUGAAGGAAAGCUUUUAAAACAAAGUGCGGAACUUGAUGAAGAGAUGAAAGUUAUUGAUGACUUGUAUCAAGAAAAAGUAAACCAGACUAUUGAUUUUGAAGACAGCGAUAAACUUCCUCCUGUAUUAAUGAAUGAGGAUCAUGUUAUGAUUGACCACUCUAAUUAUAAUAUACCCCUUAAAGAAAAUUCAGAUACUGAUUCAUUGUGUUUACAACGCUUAAAAAUUAUGUCAAUUGAGCAAAAUGAACUUAAAGCUAAUAUUCAUUUUAACCAUUUAAUGAAAGCAAAAUGGUCACCAAAUUUUGAUGAUGUUCAAAAUAUUUUAUGCAAAUGGGGAGCCGUUUUGGAUACUCCAAGUAGUAGUCCAUCAUUAAAAUGUCAAAACAUUGGGCGGCAUAAUUUUGAAUUAGUAAUAAAUUUCAUAUCUUACAAUAUACUGAAAAAUAAUAAGAAAUUUAGUGUGGCCGAGUUGCUAACGAUAGCCAAGUAUAUUGUUACAAUAUCUUUUGAUAAUCUGUGUGGACAAAUGAUAAAUGUGAUUAAAAGAUUGUUUAGUGUUUGUAUUGAAACAGCAUUAAAAGAAGACAAUGAUACUGCUAUUAUGACAUUUGCUCAAGAAUUGUAUUCAAAAUACAAUAAAGAUGAUUUAUUAAAUAUGGUGGUAGAUUUAUUUUUACCUUUGACAUCACAAAUAAUGAAAAAAAUGUAUACCUACUUAACGUACAAACUAUACAAGUCACUUUUAGGAAAAACUGAUGAUACGAGUGCAUUUCCAUCUAGCGUAAAAGAUUGGUUUGUACAAGAUCUGGUGGAUAAGAAUUAUUUCAAAAAUAAUCCAAAAACAGUAUUAUUUAGUGUUAUUCAAUUAUUAGAACAUGUUGUGAUUAUAUUUGAUUUAUACCAAGAAGAAGAAGAACUGUAUAAAAUGUAUAAUUUUCUGAACGCCGCAGUCAAACCAACUGGAUUGACAGAUUCUCUAAGACUCAUUAAUAUUUUGGACCAAUGGAGGUUGCGGUUAUUCCGUUUACAUGUCAACCGUAAAACUAGUUGUAAUAAUGACACUACUAAUGAAUAAGUAUAAAUUAAUUUAAAAGUAAAUCUUAAAUAUUGUUAAUCCUUUUUAAAAUUUUGUUACUUUUAUAAUAUAAAUUGUAUAUGUAUAAUUUGUAUAAGAUAAUUAUAAUUAA